CGAGUCAUUGGGCCCAGUCGUCGGGUCAGACACGGGGCAAACUGCCGUCAGGGCACGCUCCGGAAACUUGGCGUACGAUGAGCAAUUCGACGCAUGGGACUUAAACUUUAAGUACGAGCCUUAGUACAGACACAGUCAAUAAUAUUUUAGUUCAUAAAAUGCUCUGAGAGGCCUGAGACCACAUACACGUCAAACACUCAAACAUAGCGGAACCACCCCCUCACGUUAAACCAACCACCAUGCUCAUGCGCAGUAAGGAGACCACGCCCUCAAAGUAAUGAUCUGAUGGAAACCACGCCCCCUCAAGCGCCUCAGCUUCCAAUCACCGUCAGUUGUUGCGCACUGGGUCACUACCCCCACCUCCCAAAUAAAAGCAAGCAGAGUCGAUACAAGGUCAGAAUCCGCGUACUUUCUGCCCGUGAAUGGUUUGAAUCGGUUUGUCAAGUUUUGGGUAAAGAAGACGAUCUGAAAAGCAAUUGCAAUUUUUACGAUUGAGUGAUUUCUCGAAAGCACAUACAUAAUGAGAAUCCUGUCGUCAAUUAUCGUCAUGGCAACCAUCUCGGUUGCCAUAACAACGGCCCAAGAGACGACGUGUACUUGCGACCCUGCGCAGUAUGAAGGGAUGGAGAACCGCAUCACGACCUUAGAGAACCUGACCGCCAGCCUUCAGCACAGCCUGUCCAAACUCAAGCAAGACAGCAACAAGAUGAAGAAGCUGACGGUGGCCUCCUUGAACGUUGCCUUGACUCCCGAGGAGGACCAGUGUGAACAGACACAGGAACUCGUCAACAUGAUCGGAGGACUGUCGUUCUACUCGGGGCUGGGUCCCAACUCAUGUGAGCUGAUGGGCUCGGCGCUCUACCCAGCCUCGGCCUGCAGCCAACUCCACGAAGCCUGCCGGAAACCCAGCGGUACCUACUUCAUCCGAAGCUUUGUCUAUACAGAGGUUUACUGCGAGAUGGACGUGUUUGAUGGAGGCUGGACACGCUUCGGCCGGGGCGGCAUGGCGUCCGUCUGGGACUUCGUAGACGAGGACGAGCGAGAGGUCGCUCUGACCAUCAUCAACCGGCUAGACGUCAAGCUCAUCCAGGAUCUGCGCUUCAACACCUUCCGUGUCUUCACCAACGUGACGUUCCGGAUGGUGGCGGACAAUUCGUUCAACCCAUCCACCUUGGAGAUGCGAUCUCUUCCGUGGCUCGAGGAAGUGAGUUUAACGAUCGGGAACGGUGGGGACAAAACACGCUUGGAGCUGACCGAAGAAGGAGAUCGGCUCACCUGUUUUGCAGGCGGCUCAACCCGAUGUGGUCACAGCGGCCUCCCGCGGACUGACGAGCCCUCGGGGCGAGUUGCCUUCACCUCCGUCUACUUCGGCCCGCGGGCCGUGGACCGCGGGGCCACGGCGCAUCAGUCCCAAUGGCAGCGCAAUCGCUACACUUGGUCGGGCUCCUUCUACUACCUAUUGGCCAAGUAAAAAGCAACUGCCGCAGGGGUUACCAGACCCUCAUGCCCAAGUUGUGUGUGGUCUUGAUUCAAGACUGAAAUUCUCUUGUGACAAUUAGCACAGCUAAGCUGCCGCAGCGGAAGAGGGCACUAUCAACAAAAUGAAUCAAAUCCAACCUUGGGAACUUUGGCAGCGCUACCCAGGAAAUGCCGAGUAAACCUCACGCUCAUGCACUGAAUACAAUGCGUUGAUACCUCUAUGGCAAUGGCUGCUUUAAUACUGGUCAGGGACCGUCUAGGGAAUAAAAC